CAGCCAUUGCCGCAAAUGGUCGAUACAUAACCUCAAGAUGUACUUGGAAGGAACGAGAGGAAAAGAGGCGAAUGAUAAACUGUGGGAUGACAUUCAUUGGCUUAUCGUUCACUCGUUGAAGGCCGUACAGCCUGUGAUGGCUAGUGAUCGGCAUUGCUUUGAGUGUUACGGGUGAAUGCAUCUCCGUCACUCACAUCGACGACUGCAGCAGACAGAGUCAUGAAAUACAGUCUCAUCAGUGACAUACUCAACAUCGUUAUUCCAGGACGAGACAUUCCUGACGUUCGAUGGAACAAAAUUCCUGCCAAGAAAGCUCUUGGUAACUUUGAUGUAUUGUAUGAUGAAGAGUUGGAGAGGCUUGCUCAUCUGUCUGAUACUGCAGAUGGUCGUGAUGGGAAAUCGAGAGCAGCAGCUGUAGGACGCAGUCAAACUUGCAAAGAUGGGAAGAAGCAGCUAGCUAACCAUGUGAAAAUGAAAUGAGAUAAGCCACAAGCAAGUGAUGGAAAUUUAGUUGAUAUUAAUUAAUGCACUCAAUCUCUUGCCGCGGGGUUACUGGUUGGUGAUUUCAGAUGUGGAAACUGCGCGAGUGUGUUUGCUAUACUGAGCUGAUAUUAUGGCAU